CGCCGGAGCGUGCAGCGUACUAUUCCUCACGGGGUCGAACAGAACAAAGUCAACUCACCAUCAUGUUCACUCUGAUUACGCUUGCCGAUGUUGUGCAAAUACAUCCGAACGAAUUUCACAAGCCUAGCAUCCGCGCCAUUGAAGACUUCAUCAAUACGAAGUACGCAGACAAGGUCAUCCACAAAGUCGGCUUGUGCAUCGGUUUCCAUUCACUCUUAUCCGCCUCCGAAGGCCUGAUAGGGCACGGGACCGGUAUCGUCAACGUGAACGUUGACUUCCGACUCGUUGUUUUUCGCCCAUUCAAGGGUGAGAUCCUGCGAGCGACAAUCACUCAGUCCAGUCCGCAAGGCAUAUACCUUUCGCUGGAUUUCUACGAAGAUCUGCUCGUUCCGCCAGAGACGUUAUUCGAAGGAUCUACGUGGGAGAAGGAUGAGAAUGGCACAAUGGCCUUCGUGUGGCGGACCGAGGACGGUGAAGGAGGACAAAAUGAAUUCUUCUUCGACAGUGCAGAAAGUUGCAUGGUUCGAAUCGAAGAGGAGCAGUGGCAUGACGCUUCACCGGAUGCUUUGAGAAACUCUCAAGAAGAGGAAGAAAACACCAGCAGGAUUCCCCCAUAUCUUGUUAGGGGAAGCAUGAUGCAUUCAGGUCUGGGUCCGACAUUGUGGUGGAUGGGUGAAACUGGGGACGUUGGCGACGUCGCGAUGAACGGCACCUGAACCGAAAUCCCGAGUGCAGAAUGAAGACGAGGUUUUGAGAUGAAAGAUUUGAGGGUUGCUUCCACUGGAGAUGAGCGUGCAUGGAUUCGCGUGCAAACAACACCACUGGACGCGGCUAUGGCGUGUGCGCUGCAGUGUAAGAGAUGUGUUUGCAGGCGUAUCAGCAACCGGCCUGGUGAAAAGAUCCUCCAGGGUCGCAGAGUGCGUUGGCGCCAGCAGAUGGCUGCACAAGACUGGCCGCAAUCACUUCGCCAACACAGAGAGACAGUGUAGCCAACACCAUCAAAGCAGUCGAAGGGGCUAAGCGGGGGCUAGGAGGUAGGAGCACGACUUGAAAUCCCCCAAAUGCCGGAACAUGAGGAGUGAGCGGACAGUCGCGGAGUGAGCUUAAUAUGAUUAGAAUUGAACAGUAACCAUAUGCCAUGUAGUCCCCAUGUAUGAGCCUCCGUGGAGUGAACAGAAC